AUGGGCCAUCAGUCAACAUCCGGGCUAUUUGGCACAAUCACUAAGCCGCCGCAUCUCUCGCAACGCACCUCCGGGCCACGCCAGCCCACCAAGCCGCCGCCUGCGGAAGAGGCUGGCCCAAACUCGGCGAGUCCUGUCGCGGACAAGGCUACCGUGGCCUUGGACCGCUUCGGACAUCCGUCACCAGAUGGAGCACGACAGAUUGUGCAUGGCUGGCCAGCGUCCAAGUGCUGGGCCAUGUUUGUGCGAGCCCUCCCUGCGUUGCGCUGCGCUGCGCUGCGUUGCGUUGAGCUUCCAGUCGCGCCGUCGUCAUGCGGGCGACCUACCCCGCUAUCGAGCAAAGCUGUCCGAGUCCACCACUGCACCCUACCACCUGCACCCUCACCACCACAUGCAGAUACGAUUUAG